AUGACGGUGCUCCCCAUGUGCGGCCUGGCUCUGCUGCUCGGCGCAGCCCUCGAGUUCUGCACUGCGGCCCCCUCCGUCUCUGCAGCCGCCCCCAGGACGACCCAGAACAAGUACCACCUCGCACAGGCAUAUCUUGACAAGUAUUACACAAGCAAGGCAGGGCCCCAGGUCGGCGAGAUGGGGGCACCAGGAGGCAGAGCCCUGAUCAAGAAGAUCAAGGAGCUGCAAGCCUUCUUCGGCCUCCGCAUCACUGGCAAGCUGGACCGGCCCACGAUGGACAUGAUCAAGAGGCCCCGCUGCGGAGUUCCCGACGUGGCAAACUAUCGCCUCUUCCCAGGUGAACCCAAAUGGAAAAAAAAUACUUUGACAUACAGAAUUUCCAAAUACACAUCCUCCAUGAGUCCUGCUGAGGUGGACAAAGCGGUGGAGAUGGCCUUGCAGGCCUGGGGUAGCGCUGUGCCUCUGAGUUUCAUCCGCGUGAACUCGGGAGAAGCGGACAUUAUGAUAUCUUUUGAAACCGGAGAUCACGGGGAUUCCUACCCAUUCGACGGACCCCGAGGGACUCUCGCCCAUGCGUUUGCACCUGGAGAAGGCCUGGGAGGGGAUACCCAUUUCGACAAUGCUGAGAAGUGGACUAUGGGAAUGAAUGGUUUCAAUUUAUUCACCGUUGCUGCUCACGAAUUUGGCCAUGCACUGGGCCUGGCCCAUUCCACAGACCCAUCAGCGCUGAUGUACCCAACGUAUAAGUACCAGCAUCCCUACGGAUUCCACCUGCCCAAGGAUGAUGUGAAAGGGAUCCAGGCAUUGUACGGACCCCGGAAAACACUCCUGGGAAAGCCCACCGUGCCCCACGCACCACCCCAAAGUCCAUCCAUCCCCGACCUCUGUGACUCCAGCUCAUCCUUUGAUGCUGUGACGAUGCUGGGAAAGGAGCUCCUGCUCUUCAGAGACCGGAUUUUCUGGCGCCGGCAGGUUCACCUGAUGGCAGGGAUCCGGCCCAGCACCAUUACCAGCUCCUUUCCCCAGCUUAUGUCCAACGUGGACGCAGCUUACGAAGUGGCUGAGAGGGGCACUGCGUACUUCUUCAAAGGCCCCCACUACUGGAUAACAAGAGGAUUCCAAAUGCAAGGUCCUCCUCGAACUAUUUAUGACUUUGGCUUCCCAAGGUAUGUGCAGCGAAUAGAUGCUGCCGUCUAUCUCAAGGAUGUGCAGAAGACCCUUUUCUUUGUGGGAGAUGAAUACUACAGCUAUGAUGAGCGAAAAAGGAAAAUGGAGAAAGACUACCCGAAGAACACUGAAGAGGAGUUUUCGGGAGUUAACGGCCAGAUAGAUGCUGCAGUGGAACUAAAUGGCUACAUUUACUUCUUUUCAGGACCCAAAGCGUACAAGUAUGAUACGGAGAAGGAAGAUGUAGUCAGUGUGCUGAAAUCUAGCUCCUGGAUCGGCUGCUAA